AUGAACGGCCAUUUCGGCUUGGUUAAGAUGAUUCUCAAAAACGAAGGUAAUGUGACACUUAGGAAUACUCAUGGAUGGACGCCACUUAAUACGGCAUCAGACAGUGGCCAUCUCGAGGUGGUCAAGCUGCUUCUCGACAAGGGAGCAGACGUCACAGUUGCUGAUAACGAUGGAUGGACGCCGCUUAAUACGGCAUCAGACAGUGGCCAUCUCGAGGUGGUCAAACUGCUUCUCGACAAGGGAGCAGACAUCACAGUUGCUGAUAACGAUGGAUGGACGUCACUUAAAGCAGCCUCAAGUAACGGCCAUCUCGAGGUGGUCAAGCUACUUCUCGACAAGGGAGCAGACAUUACGAUUGCCAACAAGGACGGAUGGACGCCGCUCUAUCCAGCAUCAGACAGCGGCCAUCUCGAAGUGGUCAAGCUGCUUCUCGACAAGGGAGCAGACGUCAAGGUUGCUACGAAAGAUAACCGAUCACCCCUCUUAUGGGCGGCAAAAAAUGGACAUGAGGCCGUUGUCAACAUGCUGCUUGAUACAGCAGGAAAGCCCUCGAUUUUCGAGACAACCAAGGCUGUACGCCACUCAUGUGGGCACUCAAACGAUCCCAUCAAAUGGUGGUGGAAGCACUCAGUCAGGGUGGGUGUUCAGUAG